UCAGCUGACGCCGCGGCUCGGCGGUGACGCGUCGCCGCCACGCAUCGAUCCCGCACGUCUGUUGCGAAUAUCUACCGGUGCCGGGUAACGCCGCUGUCCACCCGCUAGUGAGCAACGUGUUAUCCGUUCGAGAGUGCACGCUUCGUGCUGUGUUUACCUAAAUCCCGAUGAUGGUGCGACGCAGCGGACGAUACACUGUUAACUGGCGAGGAUUUAAGGAUUUCGCCUUCGGAAAUAAACCUCCCGAUGAAGAAAAGGAAGAAGAGAAACCUGAGGAGGAUUUAGCUAAUCAUGAAGUUAUAUUUUUAAAAAGCAUCGUUGAGAGUCCAGACUUUGGAAGGAAGUAUGAGUCUAUCGAUUCGGAAGAGGACUUGAUCGUAAAACCUGUCUCGUUGGGCAACGUAAACAUAAUACGGUCGCUGAGCGAGUACCGUGGCAACAAUAUACGAACUAUUGAACAAGCCGAACUAGCUAUUAUUGUGUCCAGGGCACACUUUAAGGCUCUAAUAGAUGCUCAUGACCAAAUAGGUGCAAUUUGGCUAGACCGAGGUUCUGGUAUUGAUGAGAAGCCUGCCCUGCCGGAGACAGAAGGCAAUAAGGACACAGCAGAGGGCUCCACUGAGGAGAACGGUGACAUGCCUGUGGAAACUGUCAAAGUUGUGGGCCUUAGGAAAGUGCCUGGACAGCCUUUAGGUUUAACUGUAACGACUGAUGAGCAUGGCCAGCUCAUAGUAGCUAGGAUAUUAGCGGGCAGUGCCGCAGCAAAACAAGCUUUAGUGUCAGUAGGAGAUGUACUGUUAGAAGUAGAUGGAGUUAACAUUAACUCCGAAGACCAGCUCAAGGAAGCCGUAGCGAAGCCCAACGAUAGGAUCACACUUAAAGUUGGGCCAAACCUCAAAGAAAAGACUGCUCAGUUAUCUAAUAAGCUUAGUUGCUAUAUGAGAGCCCUGUUUGAUUAUGACCCUAAGGAAGACACAUUACUGCCAUGUAAGGAAAUUGGACUAGAGUUCAAGAGAGGAGAUAUUUUACAAGUGUCAGACCGAAAGGACCCUAACUGGUGGCAGGCGAGCCACGUGGAGAACCCUGACACAGUCGGGCUGAUACCGUCUCCGGAGCUAGAGGAGAGACGCAAGGCGUAUGUGGCGCCUGAAGCAGACUUCGUGCAUAAGAUCAGCAUUUGCGGUGCAAGAAUAUCAAAGAAGAAAAAGAAGUUUGUCUACGAGUCUCGUUCGAGUGUGCAGCUAGAGGGCGCAGAGCUCGCUCUAUACGAGGAGGUUGCGCGCACGCCGCCGUUCCUGCGUCGCGUAUUGGCGCUAGUGGGCACAAGAGGCGUUGGCCGUAGAACUAUCAAGAACCGCAUGAUACAGGAACAUUCGGAUCGAUUUGGUGCUGUAGUACCUCACACAUCCCGCCCCCCUCGGCCGAUGGAAGAGAACGGCCAGUCGUAUUGGUUCGUGUCUCGCGAGGAGAUGGAACGCGACGCGCACGCCGGCCGGUUCCUAGAGUACGGCGAGCACAACGGACACUUGUAUGGAACCCAUUUAGACUCCAUUAGAGCUGUUAUGAAGGAGGGCAAAAUGUGCAUAUUGGACUGUGCCCCGCAAUCUCUGAAACUGCUUCACAAUAGCGGAGAGUUUCUGCCAUUCGUCGUCAUGAUAGCGGCCCCGGGAAUCGAACAGCUGAGGAACCUUACUUAUGCUUCUAAUCGUAAUCUGACGUUCGACAGGCAGAGCUCCAUUCGCUACAGUUCACGGCGCGCGCGCACCCUUGAGUCCCUUGCGUCGCUUUAUGAGGAAGAAGACAUGAAACAAACCUUGGAAGAGAGCGCCCGCAUACAACGACAGAACGAAAAGUACAUAGAUCUCGUUAUAACUAACAAUAAUAUCGACACGACUUACUCUAAAAUCAUGGACGCCUUGCAUUCUCUGUCCACCGACCAUCAGUGGGUACCAGUCAGUUGGAUUUACUAACAUUCUUAAUCUAGGGAAGUGCGCAAACCAUUGCGCUAAUGAGAGCUACCGUUAUUUGAUCACUAGAUGGCGCUUAUCUCAAAAGUUUGUUUAACCAAUCAUUGUAGCUGUCAAAAAUUAAAUGUCCAAUGGUGUGACACUAGCUAAUUCUCUAUUGGAUGAAAAAACGUAAGGUUUACACUAGCGUCAUCUGGUGAACAUAAAAAUGGUUGUUCCCGUUGCGCAUCCCUUGCGCUUAAUGCGCAACUUGCGCUACUUCUCAUAUUACAGACAACAGGAAUCAGACUAUAAUACUGUUAUAAAAGAUAUUAAUGAAUGUUAGGUUAUCUUUAUGACAAAGGAUGGUCUGUUACCAUCGUUUCUACGUCUUCCCGCACUGAUUUAGUAUUUUUAACAUAUCUCAGCUUUCAGCUAUUUGGGCUAAAUUUUAAACACGUUGAGACGCCUAAAAUAAAUUGUUCUACCAUAAAAUACAAUUAAGAAUAUUGCCGUAGUUAAGUGCAGUCAUCAUGCAAAGUUUAGUUAAAGCAAUCUUCAAAUCACAAUUAUCAUCACUCAAAACAAUUUUGCAUGCAUAAAAAAAUGCCUAACUGCCGUACUACAGCCUACGGCAAUUGUUUUCGGAACAAAAUCGUUACUAAGGAAUAGUUUAAGUAACCAUUAAAUGUCUCUGAGUACGGCAGUAAAAUUGCAAUUUUCGAAUAAAACUUUAAUCUAUUUAAUGUUGUAAGCAAACGAACAUCACAUGGUUGUAUUAAAAAAAGCUUAUAUUAAUAAUUUAAAUUAACUAAUUGAUCUUAAAAUGAAUUUAGUAUAAAUAUAAGUGCGGGUGUAUUUAAAAACGAAUAUGUUGAAACAAUGUGCCACAUUUGUCCCUAUUUAUUUAAACAAGGCAUUCCAGUUAUUAUAAAUAUGUCAGUUUGUUACCACAGCAAAGAAUUGUACAAUUUAAUAGUCAAAAACACAUUUAAAACGAUGCGCAACACAGUCCGACAAGAAACAACGCUUUAUGAUUGGUCACUUUUUACGAAGACGUGUUGUGAUUGGCUGAACCUUAACACAUGUCAUAGAUCAACCAAUCAAGUUUGUGAUGGGUUGCGCAACGUUAUGAGAAACUUAAUCCGUAUUGUGUAUACAAAAAUCGGUUUUAUUUCUUCAAAACUAGAGUAACUUUUCUAAUGAAAAAAAAAUCCUGCUCAUCAAUGAAUGACGAAUUAAAAGUAUCGUACAUUUUUAUAUAAUAAAUAAAUAAAUGGUUCAAUUAUAUUCCCACCUCAGAUAUUGAGCAUUGUUCUAAGGUAUUAGUAUAAGUAUUAUAGUUUAGCGCAGUUCUGUGGCCUAAAUUAAUAAGUAUUGAGUAUAUUUUGUACGAAUUGAUGGACGUAUGUAGUAGACACUUAUUGCUUAUAGGUAAUGUAAGGUAAACUGCAUUUUCUUAGCACACUGCCCGCAAAGAGCGCGUUAUAAAACAUUAUUUUAGUACAUCACACGAAAAUCAAAUGCAUCACGCAAAUGUAUUAUUUUUAUUUUUUAUUUUUACAAUAUUCUGCUAUAUUUUACAGGCAGUAUUUAAUUAUUUGAAAGCAAUUUAUGUCUUGUAGCUUAUUCUAUUGUUAAGAAAACAAGUAAAUAAAUCGACAUUAUGUAAUAACUGAUAUUGUAUUAGUUUUAAGUCAAUAUUUUCAUUACGUUUUUAGUUUGUAUGUAUAUUUUUGUGAAUGAAGACAGCUAGUUGAAAAUACGCCAGAUAUUUGAACGAACUUUUAUUGCAAAUGUUCACAUACUUAGCACCAAAUUACGCCUAAAACUAUGGUGCGGCAAUAUGGCAGCUUCAAUAAUAUUCGCUUACAUUAUUGUAUUACUUAUUUAAGCUACAUCUUUAUUAUGAAUAGCUUGUAUUUCAUUAAGAAUCUCACAUUCCGUCCAUUUUGUUUUGUUGUUUAGCUGUAAAUUUUAUUGUGUCAAGAAUUAUUCAAUAUACAUUAUGUAACAAUA